CCACACACACUUGUCUGUCUAACUUACUGUGCUAUAGCCUCUGCUGAGGGGUCUAUUAGAAAAUGGCUCGGAUGGUCAGUCGCUUCUGUCAGCUGCUUGGUGAAGUGUCUAUAAAGUCUCCUCUGCCUCUGAGAAGUUUAGUGUUGAUAAGACCACUGCGCACAUCUUCUGAGCUGAGGUCGCUGACACGUUACGAUAAGUCAUGGGCGAACACAGACUGGAAGAAGAAACUGACCCCAGAACAGUACACAGUCACAAGAGAGAGGCGUACAGAAGAGCCUUUCACUGGCAUCUACUUAAACCACUCGGAAGAGGGCAUGUACCACUGUGUGUGCUGUGACACUCCCCUUUUUAGCUCUAAGUCUAAAUUUGAUUCGGGGGCCGGGUGGCCAUCUUUCACUGAGGCCCAUGGAACAUGGGAGCGGGAUGAAGGUCAUGCCAACAUCCUGCGGCGGGCUGAUAACUCACUGGGUAGCACAGCAACCGAAGUCAUUUGUAAGCAGUGUGACGCUCACCUGGGCCACGUGUUUGAGGACGGCCCAGAGCCCAGCGGUCAGCGCUUCUGUAUCAACAGCAUCGCUCUCAGCUUCAAACCAAGUGUGAAAGAAUAAGGGGUCUUACUGGCACAGCAGCGUCAUUCUAGAGUAACACAGGAUUUCCUGUAACAUGACUGACCGAGCCGUCAGACAAGUUGACUUUACUAUGUACUGCAGUUCAUUGCAAAGGACACCAACUGAAAGUAGUGAGUGAAAAUGACUUAACCAGAGCUAUAAAACCAAGAAUUCUGUAA